CUGCCCUCCAUGCUCAUGUUCGCCGUGAUCCUGGCCUCCAGCGGGCUGCUGCUCAUGAUCGAGAGGGGCAUCCUGGCUGAGGUGAGGCCGCUGCAGCCGGCGGCGGCAGGCGGCGAGACACCGCGACGGCAUGUUGCGGCCGGCCAUGACGACCUGGAGCAGCAGGUGCUGCAGGACACCCGCAACCGCACCAUCAGCGCUGUAUGCGGGCAGCGGGCCAUGCCCCGCAGCGUGUGGGACCUGACACCCAGCCAGCGCCGGACGGUCCUCAAGCACCUGCUGGUCAGCGACAAGUACCGCUUCCUCUACUGCUACGUGCCCAAGGUGGCCUGCUCCAACUGGAAGCGCAUCCUCAAGGUGCUUGGCGGCGCCCUGGAGAGCGUCGACGUCAAGCUCAAGAUGGACCACAAGAGCGACCUGGUCUUCCUAGGUGACAUGAAGCCCGACGAGAUACGCUACCGGCUGAAGAACUACUACAAGUUCCUCUUUGUACGAAACCCCAUGGAGCGCCUGCUGUCAGCCUACCGGAAUAAAUUCGGAGAAAUCAAGGAGUAUCAGCUCAAGUAUGGCGUGGAGAUAGUGAAGCGGUACCGGAAGAAUGGCGUGCCGUCGGUGGGCGACGACGUGACCUUCUCCGAGUUCCUGCACUACCUGCUGGACGAGGAGACUGAGCGAAUGAACGAGCACUGGAUGCCCAUCUACAACUUGUGCCAGCCCUGCGCUGUGCGCUACGAUUUCAUCGGCUCCUACGAGAGGCUCAACGCAGAUGCCAACUACGUGCUGGAGCAAGUGCGGUCGCCCUCCUUCAUCCGCUUCCCGGAAAGACAGUCGUGGUACAAGCCUGUGACGGCAGAGACACUGCACUACUAUCUGUGCAAUACGCAGCGCCGGCUCAUAAAAGAACUGCUGCCCAAAUACAUUCUGGAUUUCUCCCUGUUUGCCUACCCUCUUCCAAACAUAACCAGCGAGUACUGCAGGCAGUGAGCUUUAGCCUGCCCUAGCUACCCUUUUGCUGGUAUGAGGAGACACUCAGCUGUAUGGAUAUUUGGGAUUUGGGGUUGGGGUUGGGAUACUAUGUUUAGACACUAGCAGCGAGACCGAUGUAAAGGGCUUUGUUCCAAGACCUGGUGCAAACUUGAUCUACACCGCAGGCGUUUGCCGGUGUGACCAUUUCUCCGAAUAAUGCAUUGCUUCAGGGGCAUUGAAACACUCUGUUCUAUAUAUUAGGUCCAAUUUUAUAUGUCAGAAACCCUUUUAUAUUAAACAUUAUAUAUUGCAUUUUCUACUAGAAUACCUUUUUAAUCUUUAUACCGUUCCAGUUUUAAUGUGUACAUAUGCCGCUGAGUUAAGCACAAUAGCUUUUGUAUAUC